GUCAAACAAUUCGGUUAGUCGUUCGGAAGUCGUUGGCCUGAUCGCGAGAUGGUGUCGCUGUUGCUUUUGGUGAUUACGGUUGCGAUCUUGUCGGUGGCAAUGAUCGUGACCGGGAACGCGAGGAGGCUGGAAGAUUCGUUGGCGAAUGACUGUGACAUACCGCGGGAGUUGGAGAAGGGAGUUUGUCGAAGUGCUGGAGACUGCCCCGCAUACCUGAGGAUCGCGAACGAGAGUGGACUGAAUCUGAUUGGUCAGGUGGAGUUCGAGGAGGCUAUACGGUGCGGGAAACGGGACGGUUCGGAGGUUUGUUGUCCAACGGGAGAGACUUAUAAAUUUCACGAGGUAGAGGAAGAUGAGUUCUGUGGGAUUCAGGUUCCGACGUUUCGGAUUCGAGGUGGGGCUAUAGCGGAAAUCGACGAGUUUCCGUGGACCGCCAUGCUUCUACGGCAACAUCGUAACUCCGGUGGGCUUUACUACCAUUGCGGAGGGGCCUUGAUCAGCCGAACCUUCGUUCUAACGGCAGCUCACUGUAUUUCUCCGGACGCGGACGGGAAAAGGCAGGAUAUACUCAAAUUUGUACGUCUUCGAGAGUACAACAUUUUUCAGGACCCGGACUGUAUGUUGGAAAGUGGAUUCCUGGACUGCUCUGACGAGAAGCUUGACUACAAACCACGAAAGCUGCUGAUCUAUCCGGGUUUUAAUCUGGACCCGGCGAACCGGGAUCACGAUCUGGGACUGAUUCGAAUCGAUCCUGUUCCAUCGUAUUCGGACUUUCUACGGCCGAUUUGUCUACCCGAACCGGAGCUGGACAACGGAGCACGUCCGGGUGGAGUCUACAGUGUUGCCGGUUGGGGGCAGACAGAUUUCUUCAACGAAGGUCUCGGCUCGAUCAGUUUUAGUCCGAUCAAGCUGAAGGUAGUGCUGCCGUUUGUUGAUUCAGAACGGUGCCGGGAAGUGUACGAAACUAUGAAGGUUCAACUGCACGGAUCGCAGCUUUGUGCCGGAGGCCGAAAGGCUAAGGAUUCCUGUGCGGGUGACAGUGGAUCUCCGCUGAUGCAUUACGAUCGGGCGAAGGCGGUUUGGGUGUUGGCCGGUGUGGCCAGUUUUGGCGUUCGGGAUUGUGGUAGAGCUGGCGUCCCCGGUGUCUAUACCAGUGUGAGGGAGUAUUUGACGUGGAUAAAGCAAAAUAUACAAAAUACUUGAAAAAAAACGAAAU